AUGGCGUUCAAUUUCGGCUCGUCCGCAUCAACGGGCUUUUCGUUCGGCGCGUCGGGAUCGGCUCCCGCCUUCGGCGCAGCCUCCAGCUCCCCCUUCGGUGCCUCCGCAGCAGCGCCAGUGUUCGGUCAAACCCCAGCCGCCGGCGCUGCUCCGGCGUUCGGCCAGUCGACCACGCCGUCCCUAUUCGGCGCUGCUGCUUCCUCCACCCCAGCCGCUACUACCUCCCCCUUCGGCGCAUCUGCGACCGGCGCGCCCGCCUUCGGCCAAUCAGCGGCCGCCACGCCACUUUUCGGGCAGCCCGCGACCCCGGCGUCCCCGUUCGGGCAGGCAGCAGGUGCUUCUUCCGCUGCCCCAGUUUUCGGGCAGGCUGCCGCUACUUCUACGCCAGCCGCCGGUUCCUCCCCCGCGCCGUCUCUUUUCGGGCAGGCGUCAACGCCAGGAGCAGCAGCCCCGAGUUUUGGUUUCGGGCAGAGUUCAUCAGCGUUCGGGCAGGCAGGAUCCGCACCAGCUUUCGGGCAGACCGCCUCUCCCUUCGGAAAACCAGCCUCGUCGCCUCUUUUCGGGCAGUCCACAGUGCCAGCGUUCGGCGUAUCACCGUCCAGCGCGCCCGCUUUCGGGCAGCCCGCCGCAGCAGGGAGCACGCCUCUUUUUGGCUCUUCAGCGGCUGCCCCGGCGUUCGGGCAGGCAGCGGCAACAGGGGGAGGGCUUUUCGGGCAGCCUGCUUCUGCUGCAGCCACUGGGGCUACACCCACUGCUGCUGCCCCUCUUGCCUCGUCCACCCCCUUCGGUGCACUAGCAGCAGCACCUGCAACUCCUUCUACUCCUGCUGCAUCUACUGGUUUCUCCUUCGGUCAGCCUGGGUCAGCAGCAGCAGCCACAGCAUCGGUUUUCGGCCAGACAGCCACACCAGGAGCAGCUAGUCCGUUCGCUUUCGGCGGCGCCUCUGCUGCGACUGCUGCAAAGCCAGCCACAGCUGCUGCUCCCGCUGCCUCUCCUGCUGCCCCCACCAAUCUGUUCGGUUCCCCUGCUCCUGCUGCUGCUGCGUCUGCAGCGCCUGCCUUUUCUGCUGCAGCGCCAGCAGCAGCGUCCCCUGCUACUGGCUUUUCCUUUGGCUCUGGAUCCGCUGCUGGGGCAGGCUUAUUCGGUGCAGGCUCUUCUGCUGCUGCUCCUGCCUCUGCUGCCGGAGUCACUACCCCUGCCUCUGCUCCAGGUCUGUUCUCCUCGGGAGCCUUCCCUGCAGCUGCAGGUGCUGUUGGUGCUGCCGGGUUCACUGGGUUUGGGGCUAAGCCUGGUGGUUUUGGCGCUCCUGCUUCUGCUGCUGCUGCUGGGUCUGGUUCCACUGCUGCUGCUGCUGCUGCCUCUACUCCUGCUGCUGCUGCAACACCGGCAGGAGCAGGGUUGGCAGGUACUGCUGGUGCAGGUUCUACUGCUCCAGCGUUUUCUCUGAACUUCGGUGCGGCAGCAGGCUCGGCCCCGGCCUCUGGGCUAGCUCCGGCAGGAGGCCUGUUUGGUUCGGCAGCCAAGCCUCUGUUUGGCGCGGGUGCUGCAGGUUCGGGAGCUGCAGGCUCGGCGGCUGCUGCUCCAUCCACCCCUGCUGCUGCUGCUUCGACUGCUGCAACGACUCCUGCAGCAGCAGGUACACAGGCGACAGCAGCAGCAGCAGCAGCAGCAGCAACGCCUUCCUCUGCCACUCCUGCUGCGGCAUCAACCGCGCCUGCUUCUGCUGCUGCUUCUACUCCUGCUGCUGGCACUACCGGUUUUCCUUCCUUCUCUUUUGCUGCUUCCACCCCCGGUGCUGCCACCACCCCUGCUGGUGCUGCUGCAUCUACCCCGGCAGCAACAACAGCUCCCUCUCUCUUCGGCGCUGCUUCCACCCCUGCUGCUGCCUCCUCUCCCCUCGGUUUCUCAUUCGCCUCUACUCCCGCCUCCACCACCACCACUGCUGCUCCUGCUACCGGGGGAACAGCAGCAAGCACAGCAGCGGGAACCGCACCUGCCACCGCACCUGCCACCGCACCUGCCACCGCACCUGCUUCUACCCCUGCUGCUGCUGCUGCAACUGGUGCUGCCACUGCUGGUGGUUUCUCAUUCGGGACUGCUGCGGCCACUGGUGGAGCUCUAGCAGGAGCAACUGCAGGAGCUGCUGCUACAGGCGCUGCUGCGUCCACACCAGCAGCAGCAGCGGCAGGGGCGUCAGCACCGGCCGCAGCAGGGGCAACAGCAGCGGCCGCGGCGGCUGCAGCGGCGGGCGCUCUGUCACCGAAGCUACCCUCAGAAAUUGCCGGAAAGACAGUGGAAGAGAUCGUGCGCACAUGGACAAUGGAGCUGGACGAGCGGUGCGCCGUGUUCAGGCGCCAGGCAGAGGUGCUGCAGCAGUGGGACCGACGGAUUCUGUCAAACAGACGGAUUCUGUUAGGCCUGGAGGCUGACGUGGCGAGAGUGGUGGAGGCCGAGAGGGCGCUGGAGAGACAGCUGGAGCUCAUAGAAACACACCAGGGCGAGGUGGAUGCGGCGCUAUCGAGUGUGGAGGAGGCCGCAGAGCGCCUGUACGCAGAGCAGAAGGCAGCAGGGCUGGUGGGGGAUGAUGCCACAGCCACCAGAGACAUGAUGUACGAGCAGGCAGAGGCGGUGGAGCGGGAGUUGCAGCGCGUGGGCAGCAAGCUGAGGGGCGUCAUUGACACGGUCAAUGCAUCGCAGGCGCGUGGCAUGGCCUCCCCAUCCGCGGACCCCGUUGCUCUGGUGACAUCUGUGCUGAACAACCAGCUGGGCGCACUCGUGUGCCUGGACUCUAAGGUGUCUCAGCUGUCCUCGCGCAUCAAUCAGCUUGCUCUAGAGCAUGGAGAGCUGGAUGGUAGCCUCUCUGCUGCUCCUGGCGCUGGUGGUGCCUUGGGUGCUGCUGGUGCUGGUAACGGGUAUAACGGCCUGGGAGGGUAUGGCGCAGGGGGGUACGGUGCGGUGGGGUACGGUGGGGGGGAGUAUGGUGCGGGCGGGGUGUAUGGACGGGGAGGGUAUGGUGAUGGUGGGAGUGGGGGUGGGGGGUAUGGUGGCGUGGGUUCUUAUUACUCUCGCCCGGGAGCAUAUGGGCCGUGA